CACACGUCAUGGAUGUUUGGAGACAAAGGAGGACGUGGAGGUUCAGGCCUCCAUUUGUAGGAGUAGGAGGUAAAGUGGGAGGUCCCGUCGCAUCCACUUCCUGUACACCUUGGAUGUUGAGGACAAACCUGCACUUUCUAAUAUCAUAAAUGUGUUUUGUUAUUAUUAAUAUGACGUACGAGUGCAUGUGUUGACGCUUCCGUCCCCCCGCCCCCAGACACGAGCUGUUGGAGGAGGCCAGGAGAAAAGGCUUACCUUUCGCCCAAUGGGACGGUCCGACAGUCGUAGCCUGGCUGGAGCUGUGGUUGGGGAUGCCGGCGUGGUACGUGGCGGCGUGCCGCGCCAACGUGAAGAGCGGCGCCAUCAUGUCAGCGCUCUCCGACACGGAGAUCCAGAGGGAGAUCGGCAUCAGCAACCCGCUGCACCGGCUCAAACUGCGCCUGGCCAUCCAGGAAAUGGUCUCCCUCACCAGCCCCUCGGCCCCGCCCACGUCCAGAACCAAGUCGGACUCUGAAGAGGGCAGCUGGGCACAGACGCUAGCUUACGGCGACAUGAACCACGAGUGGAUAGGAAAUGAGUGGCUGCCCAGUCUAGGACUACCUCAGUACCGCAGCUACUUCAUGGAGUGCCUGGUGGACGCCCGCAUGCUGGACCACCUCACCAAGAAGGAUCUGAGAGUGCACCUCAAAAUGGUGGACAGCUUCCACAGAACAAGUUUACAGUAUGGAAUCAUGGGUCUGAAGAAGCUCAACUAUGACCGGAAGGAGCUGGAAAGACGCAGGGAGCAAAGCCAACAUGAGAUGAGAGACGUGCUGGUGUGGAGCAAUGAGCGGGUCAUUCGCUGGGUGCAGAGCAUCGGCCUGAGGGACUAUGCCAACAUCCUCCUGGAGAGCGGCGUGCACGGAGCUCUGGUCGCUCUGGACGACAACUUUGACUACAGCAGCCUGGCGCUGCUCCUCCAGAUCCCCAAUCAAAACACUCAGGCACGUCAGAUUCUGGAGCGAGAAUACAACAAUCUUUUGGCUCUGGGCACCGACAGGAGGCUGGAUGAGUGUGACGACAAAGACUUCCGCGGCCCGUCAUGGAGGAGACAGUUCCCGCCCCGAGACGUCCACGGUAUCAGUAUGAUGCCCGGCUCGGCGGAGACGCUCCCUGCCGGCUUCCGUCUCACCGCAACGUCUGGUCAUUCCCGGAGGCUGCCCCCUGAGGUCCUCUAUGAGGCCAUGGACGGCUGUCCUGACGACAUGUAUAUGGAUUGGUAUCAAGGUCAGAUAUGCUCCAGUGACGGUUCUGGGCCUGUUUUUGCACUGCACUUACUAUCAAUAUUCUUACAUAAACUCUCUCUCCCUCCAACCACUGUCCCGCUGUGUCUUGGCUUUUUUUUCUCUGUGGUCUUUCACUCUCUCUCUCUCUCUCUCUCUCCCCCCUUCUAUUUACUAAUCUAUAAACGUCUCCACUAUCCAACUCCGAGGAUAAAACAAAGUUUGUUGUGUCUAGUCACAGCAAGACAAGUCAAGUUAUGGAGCAGAGCCAUGCUUGCUGGCGGCUGAGCGGCGCUAUGUAAAGUUUACAUAGGAAAACGUCUUGGUUGCUUCCAGAGCUUAAACUAACGGUGUAUGUCUCCUUUUUUAUUUCCCCCUCCGCUGUUAAGAGGAAACUGGCUGAAAUUGGGCUUUGUUGAAGGUUAAUAUUAGUUUAUUACAACUUUUUGCUCUUAACGUCAUUUAUUUAUUUGCUAUUUAGUAGUUUUGACCACCAAGCAAAGAUUCAAGCAGUCAAGACGAUCAAACGGGUUCAAUUAGAACUCUAUUGAACUAUUUUAAUAACCAAUGAAUUAUUUUUUUACAUGAUCUCUGA